AUGCUUCGCGAAUGGAAUUCAAUUCAAUUUAGCCGCUCACAAUGAAAAGUCGCUGAAUUCGCUUCGUAUGUUAGAAGAAUAUUAAAAAAAAAAAAAUUGAAAUCAAACGGAGUGGAGCAAUCAAGUCUAUAAAGAAUUUUUCCUGUGCUCGAUGCACAUAAAUUUCUUUCCGACACUUGAAACUUAUAACACACACACUUACACUACCUGGGGAGGAGGGAAACCCAAACCUAAACAAUGAGUGAUAACACCCCGAACGUGCCGUUGGCCGAGUUUGUGGACCCACCCAAUCCCGCCGAGGACGAACCCUUCGUACCGCUGGCCGAGCCCGCUAAAAAAAUGAGUGAACCCCUAGUGGCUGCCCCGGCCACGCCCACGGGCAAUGGCACACCCACCGAACCGACGUUUGGGAACGGAAAUGGAAACGGAAAUAAAGCAGUGGCCACACGAUCCACUAGCGGUGAGGACAGCAUCUUCUCCAUCCUGUACACGGUCGGCAAGAAAGUGGCCAUUGUGGGAUCCAUCUAUCUGGUGGGUUACAUGGGCUGGUCGGUGGCCUGGCUGAUUGCUCCAGUUAUCCUGUCGGUGGCCCGAGAGCAACUGGGCAAGACCUCAGAGAAGAAACGGGAUAUUGCCAAAGCCUCGGCCCUGGCCUCCGAGAAGGAUGUGAUUCUGGCCAGGAUCGAUGAACUGCCCGCCUGGGUCUACUUUCCGGAUGUCGAGCGAGCCGAGUGGCUAAAUAAGAUUUUGAAACAAGUGUGGCCCAAUGCUAAUCACUUUGCCAGGACUUUGGUGAAGGAAACCAUCGAACCUAAUGUGGCACUGGCCUUAGCCAACUACAAGAUGCACGGUUUCCGCUUCGAUCGCAUCAUUCUGGGCACCAUUCCACCCCGGAUCGGCGGAGUGAAGAUCUACGACAAGAACGUCGACCGCAAUGAGAUCAUAAUGGAUCUGGAUCUCUUCUAUGCCAGCGAUUGCGAUAUUAAUUUCUAUUUGGGCGGAUUCAAGGGCGGCAUCAAGGACUUCCAGAUCCAUGGAUGGGUUCGAGUGGUGAUGAAACCCCUGAUCAGAUCCAUGCCCUUGGUGGGUGGACUUCAGAUCUUCUUCCUCAACAAUCCCAAUAUCGAUUUCAAUCUGGUUGGAGCAUUGGAUUUCAUGGACAUGCCCGGACUCAGCGAUUUGCUCCGAAGGAUCAUCGUAGAGCAGAUUGGCAAUGUGAUGGUCUUGCCGAACAAGCUGCCCAUUUCUCUCAGUGAAGAGGUGUCCGCCGUGGCUUUGAAGAUGCCAGAACCAGAGGGCAUCCUGCGCAUUCAUGUUGUGGAGGCCAAGGACCUCAUGAAGAAGGACAUCAGUGUGCUGGGCAAGGGCAAGUCGGAUCCCUAUGCCAUCAUCAAUGUGGGAGCUCAAGAGUUCAGAACUCAGACCAUUGACAACAACGUGAAUCCCAAGUGGGACUACUGGUGCGAGGCGUGUAUUUUUACCACCAUAGGCCACUAUAUUGGGUUUUCUUUGUGGGACUAUGAUCAGACUAUGCCAGGUGUACAGAACGAUGAUGAAUUGGGCAGAGCCAGCAUCGAUAUUUCCAGUGUUAUCAAGAAAGGCGUUGUGGAUAGUUGGCUUACUCUGGAAGAUGCCAAGCACGGACUCCUCCAUGUCCGCCUACAAUGGUACAAACUCACCGCAGAUCCCAACGAUCUUCAGCAGAUCCUGCUGGAGACCAAGCUGUUGCGUGUUACCACCAUGAGCUCGGCGGUUCUCAGUGUCUUCAUUGACUCGGCCAGACACUUAAAGCAAGCUCGCUCCAGCUCGAAACCCGAUCCCUAUCUGGUCUGCAGUGUAAACAAACAGAAACAGCAAACAGCGAUGAUAAUGCGAGAUGAUUCCCCGGUUUGGGAGCAGGGCUUCACCUUCCUGGUCAGCAAUCCCGAUAACGAGAGCUUGAACAUUAAGAUCUACGAUCAGAAGACCGGCAACGACAUCGGCCAAUACACCUACACCCUCAGCACCCUGCUCAAGCAGUUCAACAUGGAGGUGAUCCAACAGCCCUUCCAACUGCAGAAAUCCGGCCCAGAAUCGAAGCUCUAUAUGUCGCUGUCCCUGAGGAUACUGAAGGCUGGUGAGAUCGACAAGGAAUCGGAUACUUUGGAACAGGUGGCGGCACUAACGCGGAGCAGCUCUGUGAAAACUCCAGAAGUGGCUGUAGUGGCUCCACCUUCGUUUAAGGACACCCAGGCUACCAGCAAACGUCUGUCCACCGAAUCGCCCAUCAGUGAGGAGGAUCCAGCGGUGGUUGCCAAAAUUUCUCCUGUCCUGUCAGCAUCCACAUCGAGUGAAAAGCCGAUCAGUGAACUGGCCGCGUCCGUGUUGACUCAUCGUUUUCCGGAUUCCAGUAACUCGGCUGGGGAUCACGGACUGGGAAGAAUUCAGCUCUCGCUCCGGUACAGUGCCCAACGCCAAAAACUGGACGUGACCAUACACAAGAUCGCAAAGAUUCCGCUGCGUGAUCCCAGCAACAUACCCGAUCCGUAUGUGAAGCUAUACCUAUUGCCCGGACGAAGCAAGGAGUCGAAGCGCAAGACGAGCGUCAUCAAGGAUAACUGCAAUCCGGUUUACGAUGCAUCCUUCGAGUACCUGAUUUCCAUUGCCGAGCUCAGGCAGACGCAACUCGAGGUGACGGUCUGCACACAGAAGGGUUUCCUUUCCGGCAGUAGUCCCAUUAUUGGAAUGCUAAAAAUACCUCUGGAUGAUAGUGAGAUUACCACUCAGUCGGGCUUGAAUUCCUGGUUCGACCUGCAGCCUGAAAUGCGACACGAUUAGACCAGGGGGAUUGGAAUUAAUGCGGAAUCUCAUCACAGAUCACAGCACAAUCAACUCGAAAGAACUAAACACUUUUUUACCAAUCACACAGAGUCUUUUCUAAUUGUUAAAUGUAUUUAAUUUAUUUGGUAUGGAUUUGGUUGGACUUUUGAAACCCUAACCGAAGCCAAACGAAAAACAAACUCUCUUAGUCGUGCCUCUAUUUUUAAAACUAUCAACUUAUUAUAGUCGAAUAAAACGAACUGUGUUUUCAACAAUAAAAAAAA